UGGAUGCCCUUGUUGUGUUUAUCGUACAAAACGAAAAGAUCAUAUAUAUCGCCAUAUGUCUAGACUACAUCCGGACGACUAUAACAAUUUGAUGCAAAAUCAGUUAUUAUUAAAUACGAGGAAUUUACUAAACGAAAAUUAUAAUGAAAACUACAGUUACAAUAAAAUCGACAGUAGCAAAUAUAACAAUUUCGAUAAUGAUGAAAGUAGUUAAAUGCAAUAGUAUAUGGACUUUAGUUGAAGCUUUACCAACCUCAACAGCAAUCGUAACGCCGCAAGCUACGCAUACGGUUUUGUUACAAAUUCCAGCGUCAGUGGCUGCUAGUGCUGGCCUGCAAAACAAUAUUCAAUUACAGACGUUAAUACCCGCAGUGACAGCUGCAACAACAGGAACAACUUUAACAACUCAAUCAAUUAAGCAUGAUAAAGAUAUAAAAACAAAUUAUACAGUACAAGAAAUUCAUACAAUUGAAGCAAUUGAGGAAAUUUCAUCCCAUCAAUUACACGAGUUACAGACUCAUGAACAGCAGCAUUUACAGCAACAGCAUCGUCAAUCGCAGCAACCUCAAAAUGAUCAUUUACAACUACCACAACAACACAUCAAAUCACAUACUGCAACAGCUUCUACAACUACACAAUUAGCUGAUGAUGAUGGACUUUAUGAAGAUAUUCCUCAUUUGGAGCAAGAAUCUAUUAUGUCUGAUGAAUAUAACAAAGAAACUAUAAAAACCGUACAAAUAUCUUCGCAUCAACACCAAAAGCAGCAGCAUCAGCCACAUAAAUCGAUAACAACAAAAGGGAAAAUUGUGAUUACAAAUCCAAAGGCAUCAACUGUUAAACAAUUUAAAAUACCAACAACGCCACUUCAAAUACAACAUCAAAAGCACUCACUUCAACAAUCACCCCAAACCCAACAACAGCAACAUCAACCGCAAUCACAACAAUUUUCGACAAAUCAAAAACUAAAAUAUGAGAAAUCUGAUAUAAAACCUAAUACUAAGGAAAUAACAAUAACAUCAAUAUCGGGUGGUGUGAAAAUGAAAUCGGAGUUACCAUUUGUUUGUGAUCAGUGUGGUAAACCAUAUAAAAUAAAAGGAUCUUUAAAGCGACAUAAAAUUUAUGAAUGCGGUGUGGUACCAUCCCUUCAAUGCAAUUAUUGCACACAUAGAAGUAAAUACAAAUCUGAUUUGAAAAAACAUGUUUUACAAAAGCAUCCUGAUGUGUAUGAAGGAAUCGACUAAAAUAAUCUUUUUUUAGUAAAGUUUUUUAAGAAUUUAAGAUUCUUAGUUGUUCAAUCAGCAAGGGUUUAAAAUAUCAAAAAAUAAAGUUUUAGUAAAUGCAAUUAGUAAAGUAAGAAAUUUGUAUAGUUAAGUUUUUUUUUUGGAAUCAUAAAAAAUUUUUUAUUAUAAAUGUUCAGUUUUUUUGUUUUUUGCUUUUAAAUGUAAAAAAUGUUAAAUUGCAAAAAUGUUUAAAUUUAUCAUAUAUUUAGAAUAGAAAAGAAAUGCAACUACCCGCCAAUAAUUUAAUUUAAUAUAAGUCUUAUGGCUUUCUAUAUCAAAUAGUAUGAAUAUUGCAAUAGUAUGAAUCUUCGAAUUUUAUUGUCUAAUUUAACUUUUGCUUGAAAAUUUUUAUAAACAAAGGAUUGUCUCAUGUACUUUUAUUUAUUCUAAUAUUAUGUUUAUUUCUUAAUAUUUUUACUUUGAUUUUUUACUUGAAUAUAUAAAUUUUUAAUUUAACCAUACUAAAUUUCAAUACUUGAAAUCAGACAUAUGUUCAAAAUGGAAAUGUUAAUGAAAAUGUUAUGGAUUUAUGGUGUUAAGUUUUGUUAUUUAGGAGAAUAUAUAAAACAGAUGUUUUGUUACAUUUCCAAUAAUUUUAUGUAAAACAAAAUAAAGGUAUUUUAAUUUAAGUAAUACCUUUAAAUAUUUCUAGAACCAAUUUUGGAAAAAAAUUAAGUAAAAUCGAAUAAAAUUUUUUAUUCUAUUGUUAGAAAUGAUUAUUUAUUGCUAAUGACUAAGCUUUUUUUUACUUUUGCUUUCAAACUGCAGGAGUAAUUUAUAUAUAUUAUGUGAUGUCUGUAUCAAAACAAUAAGAUUAUGAAUGUUAGAAUUUUAGAUUCGUAUUGCAAAUUUUUUAAAAAUCAAAUUUAAUAUUUCAAUUUUUUUUAUCAUAUAUUUUUAUUUAGUUCUACUUUGAUUCGGAUAAAAAUUUUCAGAUUUUUGGAAAAGUUUGUGUACCUCCAAAUAAGUUCUCUCAUUAAGGACAACAUCUUUAUUAAAUUUAUUAUCGCAGACGAAACCCAGAAAUAUCGUAGAUAUUACUCGGCAAGAAAUAUAAUGUUUCGUCACAUAAACUCCUUUGUGACGUUAACAAAACAAUUAUUGUGAACCUAUCUAAUAAGAAAUUCUUCUGAAACUAGGAUUUAAAAGAACAUUUCGAAAAAGUUCACAAAAACAAAGUUAAGUUUCCUGAUUUUGCUAAAGAAGACCCUAUUUCAAAUUAAGUACAAUUUAAGAGAUCUAAAGUUAGAAAAUUGGAAUGAAAAAUAAUUUAUAAUAUUCUUUUUAUAUAUGAAUUUUUAAUCAUUCUAAUACCGAAACAUAUACCAAUAUGCAUGUAAUUUUUUUUAGGGUUUAAGUAUGCUUAAAUUAAACUAACUUAAGAAAACAUUAUAUAUUCGCUUGUAUGCCCGAUGACUAAAAGUUAUUAAUUAACAAUAUUGUUUAUUGUAUCUCAAAAUCAAUUUUUUUAUUGCAUAUCUUUGGUUAAUUAAUUGAAAAUCUCUCACGUCUUUAAAUAAAAAUCAUUCAUCUGAAAUUUCUUAUUUUUUGAUUCUUUUUUUAUCUUCAAGGAUCAAUCCUUUGUUUUAAAAAUGUUGAUUCAUUAAAAUUUAUUACUGAAUGAAAUUUAAUGAAAAAUUGGUCAAAUUUUGUAAAGCAAAUUUAUAAAAACGUAAUAUGAAUUCACACUAAAUUAUGCUCGAAAUGUAAAAGGUUUUAAUUAAAAAAAUACUGAA